AUGGGAGUUUUUGACAUCUUGAUCCCUUUUGGGAUGCUGUGCGCUGCGGUGUAUCUUUUUAUCAUUAAGAAACUUCAGUACUGGGCGGACCGCAACGUGCCACAUUCGAAACCAGAGUUUUUGUUCGGCAACGUUCGAGAGGUGAAUAAAAUUUAUCACAUCGGAGAAAGAUUUCAGCAGCUGUACAGCGAACUGAAGGGCAAGCAUCCGUUCGGAGGAAUCUACAUGUUCAUCAAACCGGUGGCACUUGUGACCGAUCUGGAACUGUUGAAGAGUGUUUUUGUGAGGGACUUUCAGUUUUUUCACAAUCGAGGAACAUACUACAAUGAACGGGACGAUCCUUUAUCGGCACAUUUGUUUAAUAUCGAGGGUCAAAAGUGGAGGACCUUGCGCAGUAGCUUGUCACCAACGUUCACGUCCGGCAAGAUGAAAAUGAUGUUUCCGACGGUCGUGGCAGCAAGUAAACAGUUUAAUGAUUUUAUGGAGGACACGAUUCGCGAACAACCAGAAGUGGAGCUGAAGGAUCUGCUGGCUCGUUACACUACCGAUGUGAUCGGGAUGUGCGCGUUCGGUAUCGAGUGCAACAGUAUGCGCGAUCCUGAUGCUGAGUUUCGCGUAAUGGGAAAGAAAAUCUUCCAACGCCCCCGGGGAAAAGUGAAACUUUUGCUCAUGAAUGCGUUACCAAGUGUAGCCAGGAUGUUUGGAAUCACCGUGAUUGCACCGGAGGUGUCCGAUUUUUUUAUGAACGUCGUGCGCGAUACGAUCAAGUACCGGGUGGAGAACAAUGUGCAGAAGAAUGAUUUCAUGGACAUUCUCAUUCGGAUGCGCAGUGAUAAGGAAACAAAGUCGGAUGAUGGUACGCUCACGUUCAACGAGAUUGCCGCACAAGCGUUUGUGUUUUUCUUGGCCGGAUUUGAAACAUCAUCGUCCUUGAUGGCGUUCACGUUGUACGAGCUGGCUUUGAAUCCAGAAAUUCAACAAAAAGCAAGACAAUGCGUGAAAGAAGUGUUAGAGCGCCACAACGGAGAGAUGACAUACGAGGCUGCCAUGGAGAUGCACUAUUUGGAACGAGUGUUGAAAGAGUGUCUCCGAAAAUACCCACCGAUUUCCGUGCAUUUUCGAAUCGCGACACAGGACUACCUCGUUCCAGGAACGAACACGGUGCUUGAAGCAGGAACCUCAGUCAUGGUUCCGGUUCUAGGAAUUCAUCACGAUCCAGAAUAUUUUCCCGAUCCCAAUCGUUUCGACCCCGAACGGUUUACACCCGAAGAGGAAGCGAAACGACACCCGUACGCCUGGACACCGUUUGGAGAAGGACCAAGGAUUUGUGUGGGCCUCCGAUUUGGGAUGAUGCAAACACGGAUCGGAUUGGCGCGAUUGAUCGCGAGUUUUCAGUUUUCUACGUGCUCAAAAACCCUUGUUCCGAUGAAGUUUGAUAUCAAAAAUGCUAUUUUAUCACCACGUGGAGGAAUGUGGUUAAAGGUGGAAAAAGUAAACGAUCCUUAG